AUGACGCAAAUAAAAUUGCGUGCGCCGAGAACAAAUUCGACAAUGACAACGACAACGACGACGACGACGAGGGCACGAUUUGCAACGCGAACGCACGCCACAACGGCCGCAACGGCAACGGCAACGGCAACGGCAGCGACAGCAGCGCCAUCGCACAUAAUGAAAAUGAAACGGAAACGUAAAAUACCGGAAAUUUCAUUGCUAAUUGCAGCAAUUUGGAUUAACAGCUUCUGGCCGUGGUCAGGCCGUGGCGGUGGUGUGCCGCUCGCCUACUGUUCGCAUAUGCCCGGCUCAGCUGCGGCAGCAUUGGGCGGUGUUGCCGCCUAUACAGUUGAUGCUGCACACCUGCAUGCCAGCGACAUGCAUCACAGCCAUCACUACGACGAUGGCGGUGGGGGCAGCAGUAGCAGCAUGGAGAAUAUGGCAAUGCAUGGCGGUGGUCAUGACAUGGGCGGUAUGCCAGAGGAAUCGGAGGAACGCGAUCAUAUCGCCCAUCAUUUUGAAAUGCAAAAUCAUGAAGAACUGCUCGAGGAUAUUCGAGAUGACACUUCAGUGAACCUUAUACCUGAGAAAGAUUUACCAAAAUUCGGCGAGCCAUUACAAAAUGUCACGAUACCGGUGGGACGAGAGGCGAUACUGCAAUGUGUUGUGGAUAAUCUACAAACAUAUAAGAUUGCGUGGCUGCGUGUCGAUACACAAACGAUACUAACGAUACAAAAUCACGUAAUAACGAAAAACCAUCGAAUGAGCAUAACUCAUGCUGAGAAACGUGCUUGGAUAUUGAAAAUUCGUGAUGUUAAAGAAUCGGACAAAGGCUGGUAUAUGUGUCAGAUAAAUACGGAUCCGAUGAAGAGUCAAGUUGGUUACCUGGAUGUUGUGGGGUCCCAGGACAUAGUGGUGUCCCGGGAAAUGAGGAAGUGGACGAAUGUGUUAGAAUGGGAUCUGAAGUCGAGAGAGUUACCAGGACAGCCACCAACAGGCGGUGAGAAUAUCUGCACACCUGCAUAG